AUUGGCAUUGAUUGUGGCAUUUGUGUGAUUGAGUACUACGUGCUGUUUUGUUCAUGACAAAAAAUUUUGUAUAUAGUGCUUCAUAUAAAUAUUAAUAUUUUACUGGUGUAAAUAAAAAUCUAUAAAAAACAUGUCUCGCAGUGAAAGUCGCAUAUAUGUUGGAAACUUACCUCCAGAUAUCCGAACAAAGGAUAUUCAAGAUCUAUUUCACAAAUUCGGUAAAGUGUCAUUCGUAGAUUUGAAAAAUAGGCGUGGUCCGCCAUUUGCAUUUGUUGAAUUCGAUGAUGCACGCGAUGCUGAAGACGCAGUAAAAGCCCGCGAUGGUUACGACUAUGAUGGAUACAGAUUACGUGUGGAAUUUCCCCGUGGUGGUGGACCAGGUAGUUUUCGAGGUAAUCGAAAUGACCGAAACCGAAAUGAUGGCGGCCGUGGUGGAGGCGGUGGCGGUCGUGGACCACCUACUAAACGUUCACAAUAUCGAGUCAUGGUUACAGGUUUGCCAUCAUCUGGCUCAUGGCAAGAUUUAAAAGAUCAUAUGAGAGAAGCGGGUGAUGUGUGUUUUGCUGAUGCGUAUAAGGAUGGAACAGGUGUUGUAGAAUUUUUGCGCCAUGAAGACAUGAGAUAUGCAAUAAAAAAAUUAGAUGAUUCACGCUUUAGGUCGCAUGAGGGUGAGGUUUCAUAUAUACGUGUUCGAGAGGAUAAUGUUGAGGGCGGUGGACGUGAUAAUCGCGACAGGUCCCGGUCAUUUUCUCCGCGCGCACGCCGCCGAGGUACUCCUACUUAUUCUCCUCUACGCCGAUCAUAUUCCAGGUCAAGGUCUCGUUCACGCUCAAAUUUUUAAUUUAAUAUUAUUACAAAUUUUUAAAUAUUCACUCAAACUCAACCAAAUAACUAUAAUAAUUUGAAGAGUAACAGAGAAUAACAGCCGAAAAUUUAUGAUUUAUGUACCGAUGAUUUUAUACAAUUAUUCUUUAAAUCUCGCAAGUAUAUUUUGCGGUUUUGUUGAAAUUUAUCUCUAAAGUACUCAAUACAAGGUGAAAUAUGUUUUAUUUUUUCACAAUUAGGUACCCAGAACCUUACAUUCGAACUUAACAUAGUUACACUCAGUACAUUUUUGCGAAGAAAUUUAAAUAUUUAAUAUGAAUUAUUUUCCUAUAAAACUAAACAACAAAAAGUUCUAAUAACAUACCUUUAUGAUUUUGUUGGAAUUUCUUUAACUAAUAAAAAACAAAAUUUGAAUUAUGUUAUAAUAUUAA